UAUUUUGUGAUUAAUUUUCUGUCAAGCGACUGAUGGACUGAUCGUUGCAGCUCUAACUGCUGCUGGAUGAAGAUAUUUGACUUGUUGCAACACGUGAAACUGACAUAAACACAUGAAUACAAAGAGUGUUUAUACUGAUAAUAUAUGAUGAAGGUUCCUAAUAUUCAUGUAUGUUAAUGAGGUGAACAAAAUAUUCAUUAUGAAGUGAAGACUAACAGCUUAUUUUAAUAUUCAUUUGGUUAAAAAUGACUCAUACAUGAAUAAAUGUUCUGUGUUGCACCUCGAGAUAAGACAUGUUCUCUAUUGGUUAUCCAACAAUAUGUAAUAAUAAUAAUAAUAAACUUUAUUUAUAGAACACUUUUCUUAACAAAGUUACAAAGUGUUUAACAGAAGAAUUAACAAACAGCAGGAAUAUGAAUGAGAUGAUAAAACAUUGAUAAACGCUCUCCGACGUCCUGCUGAUGGUUCAUUUAUGGUUGAUUGAAGGUUCUGAUGUUGUUUUAACAUCAAACAGAAAACAGCUGGAAAUAAAACAGCUGUAAUGAAACUAUUUAAACCUUAAUGUCUGGUUGGUCAACAGUAUUAAUGCCUGUCGUCACCGUCUGUAGGCUGCAGUAGAAAUUAACUAAAAAAUCUAAAAUCUGCAACAGUUUUAAUAUAAACCAUGAAAGUCAAAACUUUCAUCAAGGGACCAAAUAUUGUUGCUGGAGGGCCGGAUUUGGCCCACAGGCCGCUGUUUGCCUACCUCUGCUGUAGUCUGUCAACAGUUUUAUUGCAGUAGUGCAGCAGCUGCUGUACUGACACUGGAUUUCUUAUGAGGUGUGAUUGAACUUGUGACAUCUCUCCUUUUAAAAUGUUAUUUAUUAUAUUGAAACAUAAUGUCCCUCCUGCAGCUCCUGUUUGCUCUCAGCUGUCAGUUUUUCCGGCUUAAUGAGACUUUUUUUUUAUCCAUCAAAAAUCCUCCUUAUGAACCCUGAACGGAGCCGAACGGUCUUAAAAAACACGACAGAAUAUUUGUGUCUGUUGUGAUCCGGGAGCUGAAAUGAAUCCUGUUGCUCUCAUCGGUUGAUGGUUGAGCUUCCUGUUCACCUGCAGCUGUAACGUGACAGUGAUGGAUGAGUGAAGACUGGAGCUGCUGCAGCCUGGUGCAGCCAGACUGGAGGAGGAGGAGGAGGAGGAGGGUGGAACAGAUGGAGGAGGAAGGAGGGAAGGAGGGCAACAAGUGGCAUCAUGUCAUUUCAGUCUCAGGGGGAGGGGGCGGUGACGUCACUCACUCUACCAGGUGGCAUUCCUAGAGAGGGGGGUUAGUGAGGGGGGGGGGGGGGGUACACAGUCCAAAUUCCUCUGCUUCUCUCGGAGUGAGGCAUGCAGGGAAAAAAACGCAGCCCCCCCUCCUCCAUCUCCUCCUCCAUCUCUGCAGCAGUACGGAGCUCCAGCAGCAGCAGCAGGAACAAUAAGCCGAGAGGAGAAGCGUCUCUGCAGUCUGUCCGUCCUCCGUCUCUCCGGGCUGGUUUCUGUCUCCGGGCUGAUCGCAGCAGCUCCCCGGAGGAGGAGGGAGGGAGCCGGGCAGAGGGAAGAUGUCCUCCCCGCAGGUCUCCUCGUCCCGCAGACAGUCAUGUUAUCUGUGCGACCUGCCCCGCAUGCCCUGGGCCAUGAUCUGGGAUUUCACCGAGCCCGUGUGCCGGGGCUGCGUCAACUACGAGGGCGCGGACCGGAUCGAGUUCGUCAUCGAGACAGCCCGCCACCUGAAGCGGGCUCACGGCUUCCAGGAGGGCAGAGCCUCCGCCGGCGGACCGCCUCCUCCGCCGCAGCAGCAGCCCGCCGUGGCGAAGAGCCAGGCGGGGUCACUGACCGGGAAGGACGCGGUGGUUCAGCUCAACCACCACCACCCGGACGGACCGGGGAAGUCCCAGCAGCCCGGCUUGGACCGGUACUCGCUCGGCGCGGAGAGCCGGGCUCGGUUCGACUACAGCGGGCACAGUAGCAGCAGCAGGCUGCCGAACGGACUCGGAGGACCGAAUGGGUUCAAACCGGACGACGGACCGCCCGAGCUGAACCGACAGAGCCCGAACUCCAGGAGCAGGGGCCACGGGGGGCUGGUGUCGGCACCGGGACAGAUGACCGUGCCGCCGAACCUGCUGCCGCAGACGCUGCUGAACGGACCGGCCCCGCACGGCCUGGCGGGUCGAGCGGCUCCGCAGAGCUCCCUGCCCGGCCAGGUGGGGCUGUCUGACCCGGGAGGGAAGCGGCCCGCCUCGGUGUCCAGCACCGACCAGGACCGGGAGCUGAAGGAGAAGCAGCGGAACGCGGAGACUCUGUCCGAGCUGAGCGAGAGUCUCCGGAACCGGCAGGAGGACUGGGCCAGCAGGCCGAAGUCCGUGCGGGACACGUUGGUCUCUCUGUCCGGCUGCACUCCGUUCGAUGUCCGCUUCAAGAAGGACCACGGGCUGGUCGGCCGCGUGUUCGCCUUCGACGCGGUGUCUAAACCCGGGAUGGACUACGAGCUGAAGAUCUUCAUCGAGUACCCGACCGGCUCCGGGACCGUGUUCUCAAGCGCAUCCGGGGUCGCCAAGCAGAUGUACCAGGACUGCAUGAAGGACUUCGGCAGAGGUUUGUCCUCCGGGUUCAAGUACCUGGAGUACGAGAAGAAGCACGGCUCCGGGGACUGGCGGCUGCUGGGGGACCUACUACCGGAGUCUCUGCGGGUGUUUAAGGACUGUGUGGGGGUGGACAUGCUGCCGCAGCCUUACAUCGACGGCAGCUUCCCGCUGCUGCCCACCUCCCUGGUGCUCCCCGGCCGGGCUCUGGCGUCAGGCAGCGGGGGCAGCAGCUCCAGGGCCGGGGUGAGGAAGAGGAAAGCGUCCCCGGAGCCGGACUGCGCGGAGGAGCAGCAGCGGCAGCAGUGGAUCAGCAGCCAGACCGAAGCCCUCAAACUCUCCAUGGCUGCGAGCUCCUUCGCCGGGCCGCCGCCCCCGCUGGGCCCGGGACACCCCGGCCUCUCCUCCGGCCGCGCUACCCCCCCGGAGCCCGCCGCGCCCCCGCAGAAUGGACAGUCCCCGAUGGCCGCGCUCAUGUCAGUCGCGGACACGCUCGGGAACGCGCACUCCCCCAACAAGGACAGAGACUCGGUCCACUCCACCACUUCCUCCUCCAGACACAACAGCAGCAGCCCGGUGUCCCCCGCCUCCGUGUCCGGACAGAGGCGCCUCUCGUCCCGCAACGGAGACCUCGGGCUUCCCGCGCCGUCGCAGUCCGCAGGUGGCAUGGACCAGGUGCACGCGCAGAACGUGCCCGACUCCCCCAUGGCCAACAGCGGACCUCUGUGCUGCACGAUCUGCCACGAACGGUUAGAGGACACGCAUUUCGUGCAGUGCCCCUCCGUCCCCAACCACAAGUUCUGCUUCCCCUGCUCCAGAGAGAGCAUCAAGGCCCAGGGAGCCUCCGGGGAGGUGUACUGCCCCAGCGGGGAGAAGUGCCCGCUGGUCGGCUCCAACGUGCCCUGGGCCUUCAUGCAGGGGGAGAUAGCCACCAUCCUGGCCGGAGACGUGAAGGUAAAGAAGGAGAGAGACCCCUGAGGAGGAGGAGGAGGAGGAGGAUGAGACUCUGUAAACUCUUCCUCUCUACUUUCACUGCAAAAACACAUCAGAACCACACAGUCAGUCUGCUGCUGAGCCUCAAAACCUUCCAACUCUGUCAGUGAGUGAGAUUAUUGAUCUGAAAUAUCAAAACCAAGUUUUUAAAAAGACAUUUCUUCACUUAAAAACCACAGAAAGCUGAUUCUCAACAAUCACGUUCAUAAAUUAAAUUAAAGUGAAACUGGCUGCAGAUAUUGAUUAUCAGAGAACACAUUCAGCAUUUAGUUUUAAUAUCAUGCUGAAUAUGUAGACGGUAGGUAACUAAAUGGCUGAAAUAGAUCAAUAUAAUAUAAAUUUGAGAUUUUAUUCUAAUAAUUUCAUCUCGUUUAAAUCAGUGUUGUUUCAUCACACAAAAUAUAAACACGUUAUUCAGUAAACACCAAAACUUCAGAGAUAUUUGGUCAGAAAAUAAACAUGUGGCAGGAAUAGAAACUGCAAAGUUCACUCUUACAUGAAUUAUUUUAUUGAUUAAUCAAUUAAUCUUCUAGUCCAUAAAGUGUCAGAUAAUAAUAAAUGUUCCUCAGAGACCACGGUGAUGUCUUUGAAUGUCUUUGAAUGUCUUUGAAUGUCUUUGAAUGUCUUGUUUUUUCCAACAUUCAAGAACACAAAGAUGUUCAGUUUACGAUGAUAUAAAACUAAGUAGAGCUGCAAUGAUUAUUCAAUUAAUCAAUUAGUUGAUCGGCAGAAAAUUAACCAGCAACUACUUUGCUAAUUGAACAAUAUUUUUAGUCAUUUUUUAAGUAUAAACUUGCUGGUUGUGAAGAUUUGAAGCUUUUCUGUGUCAUAUAUGACAGUAAACUCAAUAUGUUUUAGAAUAAGACAUUUAACGACGUCAUCAUGAGCGACAAGACAUUACAACAGGUUUUCACUGUUUUCUGACAUUUUAUAGAUAAAAUUAUUCAUGUAGAAAAUAGUCAACAGACUAGUUGCAGCUUUAGAACAGAAGAAAUUAACCACCUGUAGUCACGUCAGUCCUGUAAACUGCAGCAGGUGAGUUUUUACCUGCACGGAAACUGUUCACGUCACAGUUUACAGGAUUGUUCUGAGCGGCUAAUGUAGCCGCUAGCGGCUAAUGUAGCCGCUAGCGGCUACGCUACUUUAUGACUGAAGAUAAUCUUGUUGUUAACUUUCAUCCAGUUAACUGAAGUGACAGCUGGUCAUGAAGACAGAGGCCGUUUCUAAGCAAGAUUAUUAUUGGAUGUUCUUUAAGGACUGAUGCUGCGUUCAGGUCAAAUCGGACUUAUCGGUCUCAGCACUUCAACUCUCUGCUGUUUGACCAGUACUAGUUCAGUUUCACAGUUAGAGACGCGCAUUUUUACAUUAAUACUGUUGUCAUGACAACAGCUGCAACGAUUAAUCGAUCAGUCGAUAGACAGAAAAUUGAUCAGCAACCAUAUUGAUCAGUGAUUUGUACUUUUUUUUUUGGUUCCAGCGUCUCAAAUGUGACAAUUUGCAGUUUGUUUGUUUGUUUUUACAUAUACGACAGUAAAUUGAAAAUCUUCAGGUUUGGGUCUCGUAGUCGAGAUGAUGACGAUAUUUUAAAGCUUUUUAUGAGGAAUAACAAGCGUUUAUCAUUGAUAUUCAGUUCAUUUAAAAAGAAAUCUAAAGCUGCAACAGUUAGAUGUUCAAUUGGUUAAUUGAUCACUGGAAAACUAAUCAGCAACUAUUUUGAUAAUUGUUGAAGUAACACAAAACUUUCCUUUAACCAAAUGAUUAAUCACUUUAAUCAAGAAAAUAAACAGCAGAUUAAUUGAUAAUGAAAAUAAUUGUUAGUUUCUGAUAAAUAAAACGGUUUGAUGUCUUUUCUUUAGACAGAGACACAGAACCAAAAAUAUAAAACAAUUAGAUUCAUUUAAAGAUUUUGAUUAAUAUUUAGUCUCUAAAAUGUCCAGAAAAACAUCAUAUGUGCAUCUUUAGUUGCACCUCUGAGGAGCUGCAGGCAGCGUUUAUGACUGUCAGUAGAAGCAGAUUAUUAUCACCUCGUCUGUUUUAAACUGCAGGAUGUGAAUCAGCAGCUGAAAACACGACGUCACGACCGAAACUCCCAGUAGAUCCGACUCAGACUGGAACAGUUGUUUCUGUGGAUUCUACUGUUUUAUAUUCACUUUUAUUCACUAAUUAUACACGGUGAGUUUUCCAGUUUCUUAACCAAAAUAUUUUUAAGAUUGACCGAUUUUACACAAAAGUAAUGAAUUAGAUUAAAAAUCUAAUGAAGAGAUUUAAUGUUUCACCUGAAUGACGUCCUGACGAUGAGGAGGAGCUCUCCGAACGAUGAAGACCAUAAAACAUGUAGACUGAAGACAAACUCUCAGUUAGAGAGUUUAAAAAGAGCUGCAGAACCAGUCCAAACCAGUCUAAACCAGUCCAAACCAGUCCAAACCAGUCCAGAGUCUUCAUGGCAGCUCUUCAUACUGGGGCGGUGACCUGCAGACAUGUUUAAUUAAUUAACACAUUUCAAUGAAGCCCUGAAGAUGUGACGUCCACCAGUCCAAACCAGUCUAAACCAGUCCAAACCAGUCCAGAGUCUUCAUGGCAGCUCUUCAUACUGGGGCGGUGACCUGCAGACAUGUUUAAUUAAUUAACACAUUUCAAUGAAGCCCUGAAGAUGUGACGUCCACCAGUCCAAACCAGUCUAAACCAGUCCAAACCAGUCCAAACCAGUCUAAACCAGUCUAAACCAGUCCAAACUAGUCCAAACUAGUCCAAACCAGUCCAAACCAAUCUAAAUCAGUCCAAACCAGUCCAAACCAGUCCAAACCAGUCCAAAGUCUUCAUGGCAGCUCUUCAUACUGGGGCGGUGACCUGCAGACAUGUUUGAGGCCCUGAAGAUGUGACGUCCACCAGUCCAAACCAGUCCAAACCAGUCCAAACCAAUCUAAAUCAGUCCAAACCAGUCCAAACCAGUCCAAAGUCUUCAUGGCAGCUCUUCAUACUGGGGCGGUGACCUGCAGACAUGUUUGAGGUCCUGAAGAUGUGACGUCCACCAGAAAACUGAUGAAGGUGAUUCAGAUUCACUUUUUCAUCUUUAUCCACCAAAAAAUGAUCAGAAAA